AUGUCAAUUCCUGGAUUAGGCUCUGAAUCUGCCUAUGAAGACAACUUAAAGCUGAUGCUGAUACCACAGGGAUCAGAAUGGAGAAUUGAAAUCCCAUUUAAGCAAAUUUUAAAGUUCAAAGUAGCAGAGGGUAUCCUAGAAAUCAAUGGUACUGAGUUGCCCAAUAAUGUUGAACUACAGCUAACAGGAACAAAGUGUUGCAUCUAUUCACCAAAACAAGAAUCAAAAAUCGAGUAUAGCUUGGUACAGAACCAUGAGUUGUCGAUGUAUGAAGAUGACGAAUUCGCUGAAUACACAAGCGGCGAGACAAAUAUGAAUUCUGUAUUGAAUUUGCACAUGUAUGUCGAGUCAAGAAGGCAAGUUGCAGCAGAUCAUAAUGUAUCCAAUGAGGAGCCAUCGUUGGGACCACGAGUUAUGCUCUUGGGAGGUAAACAGCUGGGUAAGACGACGCUUGCAAAGACGUUAAUCUCGUAUGCCGUAAAAAUGAAUCAAUCUCCAAUACUCGUCAAUUUGAAUCCGCAAGAUGGUGUAUUUGCAUUACCUGGAUCGAUUUCAGCUACUGCAAUUAGUGACGCUCUAGAUGUUGAGAGUUGCAACGGGUAUGGACUUACCACAACCACAACAGGAGGUAGUCCUACAUCAAAACAACCAAUAGUGAAAAACUAUGGUUUCACUGAGAUCAAGGAGAAUUUAGAUCUUUACAAGUAUCAGAUCUCACAGCUUGGGAUAACUGUGCUAUCGCGAUUGGAACAUGACGCCCGUUGUAGAGAUAGUGGUGUUGUUGUCGACACUCCACCGCUUGGCAUUAAGGAUUUUGAUAUCAUACAGUCAAUAAUCAGUGACUUUAGAAUUGAUUUGAUUGUCGUUUUGGGAAAUGAAAAGUUAACCAUUGAUUUAAAGAAAAAGUUGCUGCAUAAAUCAAACUUGCAAAUUGUCAAGAUAAAUAAACUGCCUGGUGUUGUUGAAGUCAGUGACAAAUUUAUUAGAAUGAGUCAAGAAGUGACAAUAAAAGAGUACUUUAACGGAAAUUACAAGACUAGGCUAUCUCCAUUUAAAACUGAUAUUGAUGCUACGGGCUUACAGAUUUACAAAGGAGUCAAGGAUUCUGUAUCUUUAUCAUUUUUGCCAGCGGGUGACGAUUUCGAACGUGAUGACGAAGGUAAUGACUUGAGCAAAUACUACCUGGCCAUAGAUCCUAGCUCGUCCAAUGUGGACAACUCGAUAAUAGCCGUAACACACCUACAACUGUCCACUCCUGGUAAAGAUCUACUAAACUCAUCAGUAUUGGGCUACAUACACGUCUCGAAAUUCGACGACGAAAAGAAAAAGCUCAAAGUGUUGCUUCCAUUUCCUGGGGUAUUUCCUCGCAAUAUAUUGAUUUCUACAGAUAUAGGAUAUAAUGAAUAG